UCAUGGGUAAAAUAAUUUGAAGAUUUGGCAAUACUUGUCGAUUCGUCUUGUUGUUUUGUGGUAUAAUAAUUCUAUAUUUUUAUUUCAUUUAAAUCUUUAACUCUUGAAAAUUUAGCUAAACUGGAUGAAAAAUGGCCCUUUACUGUGCAAUAUCAAAUGAAGUCCCCGAAUUUCCUGUAGUGUCUCCCACAUCGGGCGCUGUAUUUGAGAAGCGAAUUAUAGAGAAGUACAUCAUAGAAAAUGGUGUGGAUCCGAUUAACGGGAAAGAAUUGCGAGUGGAAGAUCUUAUUGAAAUUAAAACCCCACCUAUAGUGAAGCCUAAACCACCCAGUGCCACAUCUAUACCAGCAACCUUGAAGAGUAUGCAGGAUGAAUGGGAUGCUCUAAUGCUUCAUACUUUCACACAGAGGCAGCAGCUGCAGACUGCUCGUCAGGAACUAAGUCAUGCUCUUUACCAACACGACGCAGCGUGUCGUGUUAUUGCCCGCCUCACAAAGGAGGUGACAGCCGCUCGUGAAGCUCUUGCUACAUUGAAGCCCCAGGCUGGUAUCGUUGCCCCACAACCAGUACACCAGGCGGAGGGCGCGGCGGCGGGCGGCGCGGCGGCGGCGGGCAUGUCCGGCGAGGUGGUGGCGCGGCUGCAGGAGCGCGCCACCGCGCUCACGCAGGAGCGCAAGCGGCGCGGGCGCACCGUGCCCGACGGGCUGCUCGCGCCCGACCAGAUCCGCGCCUUCCUCACGCUCGCCUCGCACCCGGGUCUCCACUCGGCUAGUGUGCCUGGUAUUUUGUCUUUGGACAUCAACCCGUCGGAUCAUAGCAAGCUGCUAACGGGCGGCAACGACCGCAACGCGACCGUCUUCAACAAGGACACGGAGCAGGUGGUGGCCAUCCUGAAGGGGCACACCAAGAAGGUGACGCGCGUCAUCUACCACCCCGACGAGGACACCGUCAUCACCGCCUCCCCCGACCACACUAUACGCGUAUGGAAUGUGCCCACAUCACAGACAACAGUGAUACUGCGUUCACACGACGGCCCCGUGACCGGCCUGUCACUCCACCCAACUGGAGACUACGUAUUGUCCACGUCCACGGAUCAACACUGGGCCUUCUCAGACAUACGUACCGGUACACUCCUCACCAAAGUGAGCGACGCGUCCGGGGUCAGUCUCACCACAGCGCAGUUCCAUCCAGACGGACUCAUCUUCGGCACGGGUACUGAGAAUUCGCAAGUCAAGAUCUGGGACUUGAAGGAGCAGAGCAACGUCGCCAACUUCCCCGGACACGUCGGUCCCGUCACGUCUAUAUCGUUCUCAGAAAAUGGUUAUUAUUUAGCGACUGCUGCCGAAGACGCCUGCGUUAAACUAUGGGAUUUGAGGAAAUUGAAGAAUUUCAAAACCAUACAGCUCGAGGAGGGUUAUGCUAUUAAGGAGCUAUGCUUUGACCAGAGCGGUACAUACCUCGCUAUAGCUGGUACUGACGUGAGAGUGUACCUGUGCCGCCAGUGGCAGGAAUUGAAGUUGUUCAACGAUCACACGGCGGCAGCGACAGGCGUCCGGUUUGGCAAGAACGCGCAGUACAUAGCCUCCACCAGUAUGGACAGGACGCUCAAGCUAUACGGCAUAGAAUAAUGUUAGAAUUAAGGAUUAUUACUUUUAAUUUAUAUUGCGUGUAAUGGAAAUGGUAUAAUAAUUCAAUUUGCAUUCAUAAUACAUAAUGAAUAUGUGUGUAGUGUUCUCCAGUCCUAAAUUAGGUAGAGACGCCAUUGAUAAUAAUAAUAAUAAAUGUCUUUAUUAAAUAAUUAAUUACAUUUAGUUAGAUAUACUAGUCACCGAACUAGGUCGAGCCUGUAUCUCGGUAGAUGGUUGAAUAACUUCCUUUGAUUUAAAUACUUAAAAAGACGUUGAAAUAUCGAAUAUAAACACACUCAAAUUUGCACUGUAUAUUUAUUGUGCAUUAUAUAUGUGGGUAGCAUUAAAUUAAAAUAAUAGAGAAUAGAAGAGGCAAAAUGCUGAUCCACCUUAUACGACAUGACGAUUUUUUUAAGAGAAUAGUAGAAGGAAAAAUAGAGGGCAAAAGAGGAAGAGGAAGACCGAGGAAUAACUACAUGGGACAGAUAAAGGAAACACUGGGUGUCAUGUCGUAUGGGGAGGUCAAGGAUAUGGCCUGGGAUAGAGCUGGCUGGAAGAAGAUGCAUGAAUUAGUUGCACCGAUAAGAGGAAACUCUUAAAAGAAAAAAGAGCAUCAAAUUAUCUCUCUUACAAUUAUAGUUUACUCACAAUACGUUAUAUAAUUUGUCAGUCAUCUUAGCAACUAUAUACAAUGUUCACUUUGAUAAAUAAUAAUAAAUUUAUUAAUAAAAGCUGAAAAAUGUAUUGUUAAACAUAUAUAUGGAUACUAGAUACAUAUUUACGUAAUAAUAUGUUUUUAUACACACAUGUUUAUGCAUAGAAAAAUAAUCAGACCCAAUACAAAGAGACAUACAUAACUUUGAAUGUUUAUAUACAGAAAUCAAAUUUGCAACCAACCUUGUUGCAGUGUGUUAAACCAAUACACAAUCAAGAUCGUCAAACGUCCAAAAAUAUCACAUGUCCAUAUAUUUUUUACUAUUUUUCAUUCAAAAUGUUCAGCUAUAUGAUAUAAUAUUUGUAGUGUAUAUGAAUUAUUAUACAUUUUCUGCUACACCACAUUGGUAUGUGUACAAUAAUAUCACUUUAAUAAAUUGCUACGCAGUUGAUAUGUUUUUAGACGUCUAAAAAAUAUAAUCUAUACUCGUGAGACAGUAAACAAUCUUAGUAUGUCUUUUUAUCAAAUUUACUCAUCAUAUCAUCUGUCCAUUGCUGAAGAUAGGCCUUGUCUUUCACUGGUCUCAAGCCACCUGCAUUUCUUGACUCGCUGUGAAUGUGUUGUAAAUCGUUGAAUGUGUAAAGUGCUUAUUAUAAAUGAAAAAAAUUGAUUCACAGAAAAUUGUGUAUUUUUAUUAAAACAAUGAAGGACAAGACAACAAAUAGUAACAUCGAACGGUAAUUUUAAAAUUAUAACAAAGUAUAUGUACUAAAAUAUUUCCAGUCAUUUUCAAAACAACGCAAUUAAGGUCGUCACUCCAUCUAGUGGGAGGUCAUCCUACACUGUUUCCCUGUACGGGUUCAGCACUCAAGAACCUUUCUUCCCCAUCGGUUAUCGGUUCUUCGAGCUAUGUGACUAGUCCAUUGCCGCUUCAGCUUGCUUGUCCUUCGGGCUAAAUCGGUUCUUUUGCGGAUAUCCUCGUUUCGGACUCUAUCACGCAAAGAGACUUCGAGCAAAACUCUGCAUAGCCCGCUAAGUAACUUGAAGAUUUUACAUACGGGCAAUCGUGUAGAGCCAUGUUUCGGUUCCAUAACUCGUCACUGGCAAUACGCACUGGCUAAAGAUCUUUGUCUUCAAAUUCUGAGGUAUUUUGGAUAAAAAGAUAUGGCGUAGUUUCCCGAACGCUGCCCCCCAGUCGAGUUGGAUUCGUCGGUUGACCUCUCGGUCGAAGUUGGACUUACCUAUUUGGACUACUUGUCCCUACCUGGGACAAGUUGUCCAAAUAGAUAAUACAUACUCGUCGACAACUUCGAGCGUAGUGUUCUCAAUCGUAACCCGUAUAGGCGUGACAUGGACGUUAGACAUGAUUCUAGUCUUGUCCAUGUUUAAGACCUACCUGUCGAGAAUUUAUAGGGUACAGAGUAAUAACACCUGAGUCCUCAGGAAUGGCAACGCAUGGGGGGUAUCAUGGGCGAAACAGUAUACUCUGUUAUGUCCAUGGUACUGCUCAUGUCUAUAGGCGACGGUUACCACUUUCCAUCAGGUGGGCCGUUAGCUUCUUUGCCAUUCUAAGUUGCAUAAAAAAAAAGCACUAUUAAUAUAUAAUAAGUCAGUAAGCAUUGUUUGUUUGUUGCUUUAACGGCGCAGCUAAUUAUCAUGAAAUUUGAUAUACUAGUAGUAGUUAAGAUGGAGAAGGUCUUAAAACUAUUUUACAGCUCGACAGUAAAUAUAUGCUAAUCUUAGUCACGUGGAUUCAGUCACGAGAAAAAAAAAAAAUACUAAAAAACAAAGCAAUGACCUGCGAUUAUAUCGAUUGACAUAAAUACCUUUAUACAAUAUACAUUCAGUAUUUGUUUAUGAUGUAUUAAUAAAAAGACAUGCCAAAUUUGUUUAUUAAUUGUGUUGAGUAUAGAAAAAUAGAUAUAGUUUAAUAUUUAUCGACCAUUGGUCUUUCAUACGCGCCAUUGUGCUAUCCACCGUUACUCCUGGGAAUUAUGCCCUACCAUGAAAUUCCGAAGUUUCGGACUCAAUUUCGUGUUUUUGUUCACACCUAAAUUGACUCAGUAAAUGGAGCUUAACAUUUCGUUCGUCAUAAAUACUACUAUAAAAGUCCCAAGGAAUAAUAUUUUCAUAUUUUUAAACUGCAAGUAUCAUGUAAUUUUAACAUUAAAUUUCUGUUUCGUUCGCCUCGGAAAUUUCGGGAAACAUUUCGUAGUAGGCCCUCUGAUGUCAUUUGUAAAACGCGAUAUGCUUUUAAUUUCCCGCUAUAACAUUUUGUGUCAGAAACAAAGCAAAAUUCUAAGGAAAGGUGUUACACUCAAAUGUUCUUUUUUUUUUAAUAUACAUUGUAAAAUGACAGGGCCCGAGUUCUAUAAAUGUAAUGUCUCUCGUUGCAGGACAAAAGUGGUUUUUAUUUUAUCCCCUUAUAAAAAAUGUCAAACAUUUUAUAAAUCUAUUUAUUAAACUGUUUUCUAUCUUUUGAAUUAAAUUCACAUUUUGAAAGAAAGUGACAAAACAGUGUAAUAGUUAAUUUAUUUUUAUUUAUUUAUUUAAAUAAAAAUAAAUAAAUAAAAAUAAAUCCACAAUUUGAAAGAAAGUGACAAAACAUUGUAAUAGUUAAUUUAUUUUUAUUUAUUUAAAUAAAAAUAAAUUCACAAUUUGAAAGAAAGUGACAAAACAGUGUAAUAGUUAAGUAGACUUGUUAAAGCUUAUGGUUUUUAUAAGGGGAUUAGGGUGUAUAUAAAGUUUUGUUUAGGUUAAGCUUAUGUUUCUCUUUGGUUUAACCGUGUUCGCAGCGAUAAAAUUGAACAAAUAAAUAUUAUUAUGUAGCCAAACAUUACUAACUUGUAGCACUUCAUUUUUCAUCUACGGAAGCAAGGACUGAGCUAAAAAUUAGCAAGCAAAAUAGUUUACUAGACUAAACAAUGUAGCUGGUGUGAAAUCGAGCUGGAAAACCAGCAUGUCCCAAUUCUAUAUUUGAUUGUAACCAAUUUAUCUGAGUUCCAAUCCAUUUGCCAGCUUUCUAAAUAAGAAUAAAUUAUUAAAUACAACUAGACAACUGAUAGGUUUUUUUUUUGAUGGAUGAAAAUGGUAUGGUAACUCCAGCUCCUGGAAGUUGAACUGGUGCGCCAGCCCGAGCAUGUCCAGCACUGUGUCCUCGCGUAGCAGGGACAGACCCAUGUGACCUGAUCGUGUGAUAUGUUUUUUUAUUGGAUGAAAAUGGAAUGGUAACCCCGCCCGCGCUAACGGGAUACGCUGGCGGAGCACCAGUGAACGGUGAUAGAUGAGAAUGAAAACAGGCCAGUUAGCCUAUCAUGAUGAAUUCAUCAGGAAUUAACCAUGAUAGUUUCCAGGGGGAACCGCGAGGAGGUCGACCUGGUUGGGUAUAUUGCAGCAAUGGGAUUUUCAGUCUCCAUUACUAACAAUCCCUUUCCCCCCUAACUUAUAGGUUUAUAUGGUUUUAUUACCAUAGCGGCAUUGCUUAUCUGGUUUACUUUUUUUUUAUUCGUUAAAAUCUCUUGGUUGAUUUUUGAUGUAUUCGCUGCGCACACGGUGUUAUAUGUUCUAAGUCAAACAUUACGUUAUUAUUUAAGUUUAUUAUAAUUACAUUUAUACAUUAGAGAUGACUUCAUUGAAUUGAAUCUAAAAUAAACUGAAGGGGAGAUUCUGUAA